AUGGCGCCCAAAGGCCCCAAAUUCGAGCUCAAGACCCCCAAGGGCACCAAGGACUGGGAGGGCAAGGACAUGGUCAUCCGCGACAAGAUCUUCAGCACCAUCACCGAGGUCUUCAAGCGCCACGGCGGCGUUACCAUCGACACCCCCGUCUUCGAACUCAGAGAAAUCCUGGCCGGCAAGUAUGGCGAGGACAGCAAGCUCAUCUACGACCUCGCCGACCAAGGUGGUGAGAUCUGCAGUCUGCGCUACGAUCUUACCGUGCCCUUCGCCAGGUGGCUUGCCAUGAACAAGGACGUGCAGCAGAUCAAGAGAUACCACAUCGCCAAGGUCUACAGGAGAGACCAGCCGGCCAUGACCAAGGGCCGCAUGCGAGAGUUCUACCAGUGCGACUUCGACAUUGCAGGCGCCCUGUACGACCCCAUGUUGCCCGACGCCGAGGUCAUCCGCAUUGUCAACGAGGUCUUCGAGGCUCUGGGCUGGAGAGGUACAUUCACCAUCAAGCUCAACCACCGCAAGAUCCUGGACGGCAUAUUCCAGGUUUGCGGCGUGCCUGAGGACAAGAUCCGCUCCAUCUCGUCUGCAGUGGACAAGCUGGACAAGCUGCCUUGGGCGGAUGUGCGCAAGGAGAUGGUCGAAGAAAAGGGCCUGGACGGAGAGGUUGCUGACCGCAUCGGCGAGUGGGUUGUCCUCAAGGGCAAGCGAGACUUGUUGGAAAAGCUGCGCGCGGACGAGAAGCUUGCGGCAAACGAGUCUAUGCAGCAGGGCAUGAACGACCUCGACCUGCUCUUCACCUACCUGGAGCACUUCAACGCGUCAGAAACAGUCUCAUUCGACUUGAGCUUGGCGCGUGGUCUGGACUACUAUACUGGCGUCAUCUACGAAGUCGUCACGGAGGGCUCUGCGCCAUCUUCGACGCCGGCGCCUCAGGAGGUUGUGCCCGCGCCGAAGAAGAGGGGCAAGAAGUCGUCAACAGACCCAGAUGAGGACCGCUCAUCUGAUCCCUCGGUCGGUGUUGGUAGUGUCGCUGCUGGUGGGCGGUACGACAACCUUGUGGGCAUGUUCUCCGGCAAGGCUCAAGUCCCAUGCGUCGGUAUUUCCUUCGGUGUGGACCGUAUCUUCUCUAUCACCAAGGCGCGUAUGGAGGCCGACAAGAAUGCGGCAGCCGUCCGUCGCAACGAGGUCGAUGUCUAUGUCAUGGCAUUUGGCGGCUCUGGCUUCAAGGGGCUGCUCAAGGAACGCAUGUCGGUCUGUGCAAGCCUGUGGCAAGCAGGAAUCAAGGCCGAGUUUCUCUACAAGGUGAAGCCCAAGCUACAAAACCAGUUCAAGGCUGCCGAGACGAAUGGUGUUCCCUUUGCCGUUGUCCUAGGGGAGGAUGAGCUGGCACAAGGCAAGGUCAAGAUCAAGGAGAUGGGUCUGGGUGAUGGUCACCCCGAGAAGGAAGGCGUUCUUGUAGAUCUCGCCAGUGUUGCCGACGAGGUCAAGCAGAGACUCAUGCGCAAAGCCGAACUCGACGGGAUGACAAUCCAGGCCGAGGGCCUGCGCGUGGUCCAUGGGGUCAGGGGCGAGGAAGUCACGCCGGGCGAGGCCGCUGCAGCUGUGGAGAUUGCUGCGCCGGUCGAUGACGACAAGCAACAGCAACAAUAG